AUGGCGUCGCUCACCUCCACCGCCGCCGCCGCCGCGCGCCGCGACCCCUCGCUCCGCCCCUUCGUCGGGCUCCGCCGGGCCCCGCGCGAACCCAAUCCUCUCGUUAACGUCCUCAUCGCUCCGAGCGUGACGAAGAUGAAGAUGAUCUCCCCCUCGAACGUGGCCGUCGACAUCGGGCGCACCCUCGGCCCGGGCGAGUUCAUCGGCAUGGUCCGCCGCGAGUCUUCCUCNCCGGCCGGGGGGGCGGCGGCGGAAACCCUAGCGAAGGGCGGGGUGGAGACGAUCCUGAUCGAGCGGAAGCUGGACAACUGCAAGCCGUGCGGGGGCGCGAUCCCGCUGUGCAUGGUGGACGAGUUUGGGCUCCCGCUGGACCUUAUCGACCGGCGCGUGACGAAGAUGAAGAUGAUCUCCCCCUCGAACGUGGCCGUCGACAUCGGGCGCACCCUCGGCCCGGGCGAGUUCAUCGGCAUGGUCCGCCGCGAGGUGCUCGACGCCUACCUCCGCUGCCCCGCGGGAUCCAACGGCGACGGCGCGUACACGAUCCACUACACGGAGUACGCGAAAGGGGGCGCGGCGGUGGGGGAGCGGAGGGCGGUGGAGGUGGACGCGGUGGUGGGCGCGGAUGGGGCGAACUCGCGGGUGGCGAGGGAGAUGGGGGCGGGGGACUACGAGUACGCCAUAGCGUUCCAGGAGAGGGUGCGGAUACCGGAGGGGAAGAUGGAGUACUACAGGGAGAGGGCGGAGAUGUACGUCGGCGACGACGUGUCGCCGGACUUCUACGGGUGGGUCUUCCCCAAGUGCGACCACGUGGCUGUCGGCACCGGCACCGUCACGCACAAGGCCGACAUCAAGCGGUUCCAGGCGGCGACGCGGCUGCGCGCCAGGGAUAAGAUCGACGGCGGCAAGAUCAUCCGCGUCGAGGCUCACCCCAUCCCCGAGCACCCCCGCCCCCGAAGGGUGUCCGGGCGCGUGACCCUCGUGGGCGACGCGGCUGGGUACGUGACGAAGUGCUCCGGCGAGGGCAUCUACUUCGCUGCGAAGAGCGGGCGGAUGUGUGCGGAGGCCAUUGUGGAAGGGUCGGAGAACGGCACGCGGAUGAUCGACGAGAGCGACCUGCGGAAGUACCUGGAGCGGUUCGACAAGCUGUACUGGCCGACGUACAAGGUGCUCGACGUGCUGCAGAAGGUGUUCUACCGCUCCAACGCGGCCCGCGAGGCCUUUGUCGAGAUGUGCGCCGACGAGUACGUGCAGAAGAUGACCUUCGACAGCUACUUAUACAAGCGGGUCGUGCCGGGUAACCCAUUGGAUGAUCUCAAGCUCGCCGUGAACACCAUCGGGAGCUUGGUGAGGGCGAGCGCGUUGCGGAGGGAGAUGAACAAGAUUGCCUUGUGAUUUUUUUAGCAGCUUUGCCGAGUUAAACGGAGUGGAUAUAUAGCAUGAUUUUCGACAAAUUGAGGUUAUGGUAAGCAUGAGGGAGGAUGGUACUUGACUCCUGAGAUCUUCUUUCAACCAUUGUUUGUUGUAGUGUCAAUGUGGCAGGUUCUAAGUUAAUAAUAACAAGUUUCACUGCAACUUUUUUCUUG